AUGUUCCAUCCUUGGGCCGGCAGGAUACGAUACGCCAUGGCCAAGAAUGUCAACUUUGUGAUAGAGAACCCGAGCUCAACGUUGCUUUGGCGAUAUGUGACGUUGGUGGGAAACUGGGCGGGUCUUCGACAGCUCCGGAGGACGCUGCACAAAGAGCGCAGGUGCCAUCUACGACGAGUGCGAUCCUUCCUGAAGAUCCAAACAGUCGUCCGUUGGAGGAAUGCCAAAGGCGAGUCCAAGUGUGUGGCACGGAUCUUGAAGACGCAAGAGAUGCAGACAAUCCGACCCGAUGACGAAGUGCUAUUCCGCGAUGACCGGAAUUUCCCGACCACGGGGGGUUGGGUUUGGGAGCGUGCCUUUUGCGCGGGUGGGGCCGGAGCCAUGGCACCCAAACGUGGGCCGGGUGCUCCUGCUAAGGGCGCCGCAGAGUCUAAGAAGGCACGCCAGGCCGAGCCGAAGGGAUGCGGCAAGAGCGCUGCAGGAGCAGAGGCCGAGCAACCCAACCCCAAGGGAGCGGGUAAGCAAAGCAAGGGCGAUCCGAAGGGAUCCGGCAAGAGCGCGUGGGCAGAGGAGCGACCCAACCCCAAGGGAUCCGGUAAGCAAAGCCAGGGCGAGCUGAAGGGAUCCGGCAAGAGCGCAGAGGAGCCACCCAACCCCAACAAGGGAUCCGGUAAGCAAAGCAAGGGCGAGCUGAAGGGAUCCGGCAAGAGUGCUGCAGGAGCAGAGGAGCAACCCAGCCCCAACAAGGGAUCCGGUAAGCAAAGCAAGGGCAAAGGCGAGGGAUCCGGCAAGAGCGUGCAGGCAGAGGAGCACCCAACCCCAACCCCAAAGGGAUCCGGCGGUAAGCAAAGCAAAGGCAAAGGUGAGCCGAAGGGAUCCAGCAAGAGCGCAGGACCAGUGCCAGAGGAGCACACAACCCCAAAGGGAUCCGGUAAGGACAGCGAGGGCAAAGGCAAGCUGAAGGGAUCGGGCAAGCAAAGCAAGGGCACAGGCGAGUGGAAGGGAUCCGGCAAGAGCACAGGACCAGAGGAGCACCCAAAGGGAUCCGGUAAGCAAAGCGGGAGCCCGGACCAGAAGGUGGAGCUGCGCAACCUCAACCCGGAGUCGAUGAGGAGGUUCUUCGACUCUGAGACGUACGCCAAGGGAUCCGGGGACAAAGGCGAGAAGGGCGCAGGAGCAGAGGAGCAUGCACACCCCAAAGGAUCAGGUAAGCAAAGCAAAGGCAAGGGGUCCGGCAAGAGCGCAGGACCUGCAGAGGAGCACCCCAAGGGAUCCGGUAAGCCAAGCCAGGGCAAAGGCGAUCUGAAGGGAUCCGGCAAGAGCGCGGGACCAGAGGAGCACACCCCAAAAGGAUCCGGUGGUAAGCAAAGCAAAGGCAAAGGCGAGCCGAAGGGAUCCGGCAAGAGCGCAGGACCAGCAGAGGAGCACCCAACACAACAGGGAUCCGGCGGUAAGCAAAGCAAGGGCAAAGGCGAGCUGAAGGGAUCUGGCAAGAGCGUGCCAGAGGAGCACCACACCCCAAAGGGAUCCGGCGGUAAGCAAAGCAAGGGCAAAGGCGAGCUGAAGGGAUCCGGCAAGAGCAAGAGCGCAGGACCAGAGGAGCACCCAAAGGGAUCCGGUGCAGGGGGCAAGAGUGCCACAAGAGCCUUGUUGAAGGCGGUCCACCAGGAAGCGGCGGAUCUGUGCAACACGCAGCAUGAGCAUGACGAGCAUCAGCACUGGCAGUACAGCAUCCACGACAUGACAAACAGGGGAGAGAUCCACGACUCAGACUUUCGGAACCCCUUGGUGAUCUUGCCUACUUGUGUGCUCGGUGAGUUGUCCAACAUGCAGGCAAAGCAGCCAAGGCUAUGUCAGGAGCGCCUAAGAAGCAUCACCGAGCAUCAGCCCAUGUUCGAAAUGUUCAAGAACUGGCAGGCCCAGCACUACCAGAACCACACAACAGCCUGGGGGAAAGCACCAGCAGCGCAGAUCAUGCAGCACAACAAGUUUCUCGUGGAGGUUCUCCUCCAAG